CCUAAAAGUCCCCUUGAAGAAUUGCUGAAUAGCAGAUGUUGAUGAAUUGCAGUUUGCUUCACCAACAAUUUUCUUUUGAAAUUCAGGUCUUGUGAAUGUUCUGCGUUCAACAUAUGUACACACUUUACAACCACCAACCUGUGUGUUGUAUAUCGAUGGCGUUAUUAAGUUGACAUGCUUGAAGUGGCCUUCUCCCAUUAGUAUACCCAAGGAGAGCCCAGAUUCCUGUGCACCUGUGCAGCAAGAACUGUUAGCUGAGUGAAUUAGCUGCCAAGGUCAGUGGGAGAAGGAGACUGCUGUGCAGGUGUUUAUUGCCCCACUGCCACUCGGACAAGAGGGCUAUUGCAGCCAACUCCAUGGAGGAUAAGACGUGAAGCCGUUCACCACCACCGUGAAGGAGAUGCGUCUGCACAGGGACGACUUCGAGAUGCUCAAGGUGAUCGGCAGAGGAGCAUUUGGCGAGGUUGCGGUGGUGAAGAUGAAAAACACGGAACGGGUGUACGCCAUGAAGAUCCUGAACAAGUGGGAGAUGUUGAAGAGAGCCGAGACGGCGUGUUUCCGCGAGGAGAGGAAUGUUCUGGUGAACGGAGACUGCCAGUGGAUCACCACCCUACACUAUGCCUUCCAGGACGACAACUUCCUGUACCUGGUGAUGGACUACUAUGUGGGCGGUGACCUCUUGACCCUGCUCAGUAAGUUCGAGGACCGUCUCCCAGAGGACAUGUCCAAGUUCUAUGUGGCAGAGAUGGUGCUGGCCAUCCACUCUAUACACCAACAACACUACGUGCACAGAGAUAUCAAACCAGACAACGUGCUGUUAGACAUGAAGGGUCAUAUCCGUCUGGCCGACUUUGGCUCCUGCCUGAAAAUGAUGCAGGACGGCACGGUCCAGUCAUCGGUGGCUGUAGGCACUCCGGACUACAUUUCCCCUGAGAUCCUGCAGGCCAUGGAGGACGGCAUGGGGAAGUACGGUCCAGAGUGUGACUGGUGGUCCCUGGGGGUCUGUAUGUACGAGAUGCUCUACGGGGAGACGCCCUUCUACGCAGAGUCCCUGGUGGAGACCUACGGCAAGAUCAUGAACCACGAGGAACGUUUCCAGUUCCCCUCAAACAUCUGUGACGUGUCGGAGGACGCCAAGGACCUGAUCUCGCGCCUAAUCUGCGGCCGCGAGCGUCGCCUGGGCCAGAAUGGCAUCGGCGACUUCAAGGAUCACCCCUUCUUCGCCGGCAUCGACUGGGAACACAUCCGCUCCACUGAGGCGCCCUACAUCCCCGACGUCAGCUCCCCAUCUGACACCUCCAACUUUGACGUGGACGACGAUAUUCUUAAAAACCCGGACAUCGCUCCUCCAGUCACACACAGCGGCUUCACCGGCCAGCAUCUGCCCUUCGUAGGCUUCACCUACACCACGGACAGCUGCUUCUCGGACCGCGGCAGCGUCAACAGGGCCGGCCUGUCCGAUGGGAGCUCCCAGGAUGGGGGAGGAGAAGAGGGGGUUCCCCCGGACCAGGAGGGGGGGCUGGAGGUGGAAGCCUUUGAGAGGAGGAUCCGCCGGCUGGAGCAGGAGAAGCAGGAGCUGAACCGCAAGCUGCAGGAGUCCACUCAAGCAGUGCAGUCUCUCCACGGGCCGGGCCGCGGGGCCAGCACCCUGGGCCGGGACAAGGAGAUGAAGAAGCUCAACGAGGAGAUCGACCGGCUCAAGAAGAAACUGGCAGACUCUGAUAGGCUGGAGCACCAGCUAGAGGAGGCGGUGACUCUGCGCCAGGACUACGAGAGCUCCUCCUCCAAGCUGAAGGCCCUGGACAAACAGGUUAAAGCCCUGAGACAGGAGAAGGAGGAUAUCCACAAGCAACUGGUGGAGUCCCUGGAGCGCCUCAAGUCCCAGACCAAGGAGCUGAAGGAGGCCCACAGCCAGCGGAAGCUGGCCCUACAGGAGUUCUCUGAGCUGAGCGAGCGCAUGGCUGAGCUGCGUUCCACCAAGCAACGCCUCUCACGCCAGCUCCGCGACAAGGAGGAGGAGAUGGACGCUGCUGUGCAGAAGGUGGACGCCAUGCGCCAGGACAUCCGCAAGACCGAGAAGGCCCGCAAGGAGUUGGAGGCCCAGUUGGAGGAUGCCAAGGCAGAGGCAUCUAAGGAGCGAAAGCUGCGUGACCACAGCGAAGUCUAUUCUAAACAGCUGGAGAUGGAGCUUGAGACCCUCAAGGUGAAGCAGCAGGGUAGCGGGCGUGGGGCCGGAAGCAGCAGCCCAGAGCUGCAGCAGGAGCUGUCCAAGGUGAAGUCGGAGCUGGACAAGAAGGUGCUGUUCUACGAGGAGGAGCUGGUGCGCCGGGAGGCCUCCCACACCAGCGAGCUCAAGGGCCUCCGGAAGGAGCUCCACGACUCAGAGGGCCAGCAGCUCUCUCUCCACAAGGAGCUGCUCAUGCUCAAGGACAAGCUGGAGAAAGCCAAGAGAGAGAGACAAACCGAGACAGACGAGGCAGUGGGCGCUCUAAAGGACAAGUACGAGCGUGAGCGCAGCAUGCUGACUGAGGAGAACCGCAAGCUGACCACAGAGGCUGACAGGCUGUGUACGUUUGUGGACAAGCUGACUGCUCAGAACCGCCAGCUGGAGGAUGAGCUGCAAGACUUGGCCUCUAAGAAGGAGAGCGUGGCUCACUGGGAGGCCCAGAUCGCUGAGAUCAUCCAGUGGGUGAGCGAUGAGAAGGAUGCCCGCGGCUACCUGCAGGCCCUGGCCUCCAAGAUGACUGAGGAGCUGGAGUCUCUCCGCAGCUCCAGCCUGGGCCCACGACCCCUGGACCCCCUGUGGAAGGUGCGACGCAGCCAGAAGCUGGACAUGUCGGCCCGUUUGGAGCUGCAGUCUGCCCUGGACGCCGAGAUACGGGCCAAGCAGCUGGUCCAGGAGGAGCUUCGCAAGGUCAAGGCCUCCAACAUCUCCUUCGAAAGCAAACUGAAGGAUUCAGAGUCCAGGAGCAGGGAUAUGGUGGAGCAGCUGGAGGUCAUGAAGAAGGACUUGGAAGAGAGCCGUUCCCGCUCAGACAAAGGUCUGAAACUGCCCGAUUUCCAGGACUCCAUUUUCGAGUACUUCAACACCUCUCCACUGGCCCACGACCUGACGUUCAGAACAAGCUCUGUCAGCGAGAUAGAUGCCACGCCCCAGAAGUCAGACGUCCCUUCCUCGUCGCCCUCCGUGGCCUCUGAGCAGGAUGAGCCAGUCCCCAAGCCCCCUGCUGUUACCCCUACCGUCCCCUCCCUUGUCUAUCCAACAUCGCUGCUGACCACACCAAAGCCCAAAGCUCACCAGCUGAGCAUCAAGACCUUCUCCAGCCCACACCAGUGCACGCACUGCACCUCCUUGAUGGUGGGUCUCAUCCGCCAGGGCUACGCCUGCGAAGUGUGCUCCUUCAUCUGCCAUGUAUCCUGUAAGGACAAUGCCCCCCAGGUGUGCCCCAUCCCCCCUGAGCAGGCCAAGAGGCCUCUGGGCAUCGACGUACAGAGGGGCAUCGGCACCGCCUACAAGGGCUUCGUCAGGAUCCCCAAGCCCACAGGGGUGAAGAAGGGCUGGCAGCGGGCGUACGCCGUGGUGUGUGAUUGUAAACUCUUCCUGUACGAGGUGCCUGAGGGCAAGUCCACCCAGCCAGGCGUGGUGACCAGUCAGGUCCUGGACCUGAGAGAUGAGGAGUUUUCCGUCAGCUCUGUCCUGGCCUCCGACGUCAUCCACGCCACCCGCAAAGACGUCCCCUGCAUAUUCAGGGUGACGUCGUCCCUGCUGAGCUCGCCGGCGGGUGCCGUCUCCCUGCUGGUGCUGGCUGAGAGCGAGGCAGAGAAGAAGAAGUGGAUGGGCAUCCUGGAGAGCCUGCAGAGCAUCCUGGCCAAGAACCGCUUGAGGAACCGCGUAGUGCACGUCCUGCACGAGGCCUACGACUCCUCGCUGCCCGCCAUCAAGACCACGCUCUGCGCCGCCAUCGUCGAUCGAGAGCGUAUCGCCCUGGGAACAGAGGAAGGCCUGUUUGUGGUGGAGGUCACCAGAGAUGUGAUCGUGCGGGCGGCCGACUGCAAGAAGGUGCACCAGAUGGAGCUGAUCCCCAAAGAGAAGAUGGUGGCCCUGCUGUGUGGACGCAACCGACACGUGCACCUGCACCCCUGGGGGGUUCUGGAGGGGGCCGAGGCGGCCUUCGACAUCAAGCUGACAGAGACCAAGGGUUGCCAGGCACUGACCACGGGCGUGCUACGCCCCGGGGGACCCGCCUGCCUGCUGGCCGCCGUCAAGCGCCAGGUUCUGUGUUAUGAGAUCACCCGGGCCAAGCCGCACCACCGCAAGCUGUGGGAGGUGCAAGCCCCGGGGGUGGCCCAGUGGCUGGGCAUGGUGCGCGAGCGACUGUGCGUGGGCUACCCCUCAGGUUUUGCCCUGCUGGCCCUCCAGGGCGAGUCGUCGCCCGUCAGCCUGGUGAGCCCCGGGGACCCGUCGCUAGCCUUCCUGGCCCAGCAGCCCCUGGACGCGCUGCACGCCCUGGAGGUGGGCACGACCGAGCUGUUACUCUGCUUCAGCCAGCUGGGUAUCUAUGUGGACCCCACUGGGAAGAGGAGCAGGGCCCAGGAGCUGAUGUGGCCCGCCACGCCGCUUGCCUGCAGCUCCAACUCCUCCUACCUUACGGUGUACAGCGAGUAUGGGGUGGAUGUGUUUGACAUACACACCACUGAGUGGAUCCAGACAAUUUCACUGAGGAAGUUAAGGCCUCUGAAUGUGGAGGGCAGUUUGAACCUGCUGGGCUCUGAACAACCGCGCCUCAUCUACUUCAGCAACAACUCCACAGAAGGUGACCUGGCCAUCCCUGAGACAUCUGACAACAGUAAGAAGCUGAUGGUGAGAACGCGCAGCAAGAGGAAGUUCCUCUUCAAGGUCCCGGAAGAGGAGAGACUGCAGCAGAGGAGAGAGAUGCUGAGGGACCCUGAGCUGAGGUCUAAGUUGAUCUCCAACCCAAUCAACUUUAACCACGUGGCACACAUGGGCCCCGGCGACGGCAUGCAGGUCCUCAUGGAUUUGCCUCUGAGUGUGAUGCAUUCUUCUCAGGAUGACCCGGCCAAGGACAAGCCCCGCCCACUCUCCAGUAUCUCCCGGCAACAGAGGAGCAUGACCCAUAUCACCCGCACGGCCUCUGGAGGUGCAGACUUUGGAGGAGCAGGCUCGUCUCGGAACAUCUCCGACCCAGACGGGGACUUUGAGAGAGAGCCGGACUCCGACUCCACCAAGCACUCCACCCUCUCCAACAGCUCCGACCCCAGCAGCCCCCCCAGCCCCAACUCCCCCCACCGCAGCCAGCUAACACUGGACGGCCUGGAGCACACCCUGGACGGCUGAGGACCACCCCCCCCCACCCACCCACCCACACACACACACACCUGAUAUACACACACCUUACACACACACACACACACAUAUAAUGCGUGCUUAAUCACUCAACACCUACAUUCGACAUAGAACUUGUGUAUCGCUGCAAAGUGCCAAGAACAGACUUUGUGGACAAAAUGCCACCGCUGAAGCCUUUUCUGCGUGUGACGAGCAUAGACCCUCAAAAAGAGAGGGGCACAUGGUAUUUGAAGCUAACGCUAAAAAAACAACAACAAAUCAGCCAGUAUAGAUUUGUUUUUGUUUUUCUUCAUUUCAGGCCAUAAAUGUUUCCUAUGAGUUAAGGUUAUUAUUACUUAGUUGAAAUGAUCAAUACAUAGAGGUGAGAUGGGGCUGAAUUAAAAACAGAGAUUACUGAUGGGGGACUCACAGAAAAAGCAUUAAUGAUGAACUGUCCUAAUCAUAGGUAUAAGUUUGUUUAAAAAAAAACAAAGACGAGAGGGAAAUAACUGUUGUUUUUAAAGCGUAUAGUCUUUUACACGGACAUGUUGAGCUCGACUUUGCGGACACAAAACAGAACGGUGAAAGAAAUGGCAGACUUUUUUUAAGAACCAUAACCCCCACACACACACACACACACACACACACACACACACACACACACACACACACACACACACACACUUCCCAGCCCCUUCUGUACUGGCGUUGUAAUCCUAUUGAGCUGUUCCCGGACCAUUUUGAGAGCUGUACCUUCCUAGGGGACGAGCUGCCAUUCAACUCAACUGACUGCAGGGGUUUUAGUGUAAAGCUAAAUUAGUGGGCAUAUUUUAUAGCUUUUACAUCUCCUGCCAGCCUUUGUAAGAUGCGUUGUUUUUAACUUGGAUCUUUUGCCAGAAAACGUAUAGUUGGCGCCAUAGCAACCAGAAAUGGAAGAAGAAAUAAAAACAGAAUCAUGAGACUUUAAUUUCUCGAUAUGCGGUUUUAAGUUGAUAAGUGGUGGGAAUCUGAACAUAGCGAAAAGGACCACAUUACUCAUAGGAUUAUUAAUAAGAGUCCUUCACAAGCUGCUGCUGCUUUCGUGUGCUAUGUUUAAAUAAAUAAAUAGGUAUGUGUGUGAAGGCCUGCUCACUAUAGAGAGAACCCCCCUGGCCAAGGCCCUCGCAUUUUAAAUCGUUCAAUCAUGAGAGUGGGAAGCAUUAACGGUGGUGUACAGUCAUAGUGCCGUACCGCCACAGGGGGGUGUCUGAAUAGUUUUUCCUCCAGUGUGGGAUGUUUCAUUGUACAGAAGUAUGAGAUACAGUACAGGCAUGUGUGGCAUAUCCAGUUUAAUCACUCUAGUGUGCCUUCAGUGCCAUUUUGUUUUAUAGCACCUCGUUCAGAUCAAUUCCCGAAGUGAUUUUAAACCUGCAGGCUAUCGGUGAGUUUUUUUUUUUUCAGAAACACUGUAUUAAACUUGCACAUGUUUUAGUCCAAGGAAUAUCAUCUUUUGAUUUUGUGUCAGUGAUCGUUCUCGUUCCUUUUAUUCUUCCCGGACUUCUGUUCAGCUCUCCGAAGACGGGACUUUUUUUUUCUCUCUUCGAAACACAACUGCUUUUUUUUCCUCUUAAAAAAAAAAAAUCACCAGUUGGAAUCUUUGUAAUUAUUGAAUUGUUAGCAACAAACAUUUGAACAGACAAUAAAAGAGUAUCUGUUGUGCUUCUCU